UACAAGUUGCUUCUUUAUCGAGUCAAGUCAAUUACAGUAGGCAAAAUUCCUAAGCGGUGUGUCGUCAUGGGCAGCACACAGAGAGAUCUUGAGAUUCAUCGCCGGCAGAACAGAACAUGCACGUACUUCCCAUGUAACACAGGACUCCAUGCCAACUCUAUAAAUGACUCUCGCAUGAUUAUCUAGAUCAUAAUUAGUCCUGCUCUCAACAGCACUCGAAACAAUUAUCAAUGGCAAAGCUAGCAGUCCCUCUUCUGAUUUUUUUCUUCCUCUUAUCGUGUAUCCCUUCUCAAGCAGCUCCUCCCCUCCAAACGCCCCUCCAAACGCCAAUCCAGAAGGACCAUUCAACCGGCCAAUAUAUCAUCACUGCAUACCUAAAAACCCCUCUCAUGCCCACCAAAUUGGUCUUGGAUCUUGGUGCUACAUACAGCUGGGUAAAUUGCGACGACUACAUUUCCUCCACUUACCAACAUGUCCCCUGUAACAGUUCCAUCGCUAAUUCUCUUAGUGCUUAUGGUUGCGAGGACAUUUGCGACGGUCCACCGGGUCCAAAUUGUGCAAACAACUCUUUCCUCUUCCUCCUUGACAAACCCCUCGAAACUGUUGACUACAAAAAAGUUAAUAGCCUCAACGACGCCCUUGUUGACUAUCUCGCCUUGCUCAAUAACCUAGGCUCUCUUUCCUCGAUCGAUAAUUUCAUCUUUUCCUGUUCCCGAACUGGUUUUCUGAAAGGCCUGGCUAAGGGUGUAACUGGCUUAGCCUCCCUGGGCAACUCAAACCUCUCAAUCCCAGUACAGAUCAAUAAAGCCUUCUCUUCCUCUCCAAAUUGUUUUGCUAUGUGCUUGUCAGGAUCCAUCUCUCAACCUGGUGUGGCUCUUUUCGGUAGUAAGGGGCCUUAUAAUUUCUUGCAUGGAAUUGACCUCUCAAAAUCACUUCUUUACACUCCUCUUAUUUUUAACCCGCUUGGAAGAGAUUCUGAUCCAAAUACCCACAGACUCUCUCCUGAAUAUUAUGUAGGGCUGACUUCCAUAAAAGUGAACGGAAAGAUGGUGGCCUUUAACAAAGCGCUGUUGGCCAUUGAUGAUCAGUCUGGUUCUGGGGGGACCAGGAUCAGCACUCUUGUGCCAUACACGAAGUUACAGAGUUCUAUUUACAAGGCUUUUUCUCUGGCUUUCUUGAAGGAAGCAGCUUCCUCUGCUUUCAAUCUUACUACAACUAAGCCUGUCAAGCCAUUCAGAGUCUGCUACCCUGCGGGUGCUGUGAAGACUACACAAAUGGGACCGGCUGUACCAAUAAUCGAACUUGUGUUGGAUAGACAAGAUGUGGUUUGGAAGAUGUUUGGAUCGAACUCUAUGGUGAGGGUUACAAAGAAGAGUGUUGAUCUUUGGUGCUUGGGUUUUGUGGAUGGUGGGAUUGAUGGCCCAUCGAUCAUGAUUGGUGGUCUGCAGUUGGAGGACAAUUUGCUACAAUUCGAUCUACAGUCAAAGAAACUGGGUUUCAGUUCAUCAAUUUUGUCCAAGGGGACCAAUUGCGCCGACUACAAAUUUCCUACGAGAAAAGUAUAAAAAGAUGAUGUAUUUAUACCAUCCAUCAUGUACUGUCUGCCUGCUUUCGUUGAGUUUUUCUACCUUCGUUAAGCUAAGGGGCAAAGACAGGCCUAUCUAGCUUUGUAAUAAAAGUUCGUGUUCUCAAAUAAAUGAAUUUAAAUUUCACAUAA